CAGAAGAAGAAGAAGAGAGAGAGAGAGAGAGAGAGAGAGAGAGACGUAGAAAGAGAAGAGAGAGAUAGAGAUAGAGAGAGAUCACUGCCUCCUACAAUGCCUGAGAAUAAGAGCUUCUCGGCGGCUGAGAUUCCCGAUGAGGAAGAGGAAGAGGAAGAGAAAGACCAACGACGGGACGGAUUUAACCCGGAAGCUGAAGAGAACGAAGGAGAGGAUCUAGGAGAGAGGGUUGAGAAGAAAGACGAAGACGAAGGAAACGGUGAGAAAGAUGAAGAAGAAGUAAAACGCGACGAAGCGGACGAAGCAGAAGCAGAAGAAGAAGAAGAAGAUAAGGAAGAUGAUGAAGACGAUGCAGGGGGAGAGGAAGAAGAUGAAGAGGAAGAAGAAGUAGAAGAAGAUUCUAAGGAAAGAAGUCCAUCUUCGACACCAGGAGACCAAUCAGAAAAUAUGGAUAUUGAUCUAGGGGAAAUCCGUAAAGACGUGCAGUGUCCGAUAUGCUUAGGAAUUAUAAAGAAAACAAGGACUGUUAUGGAAUGUCUGCACCGGUUCUGCAGGGAAUGUAUUGAUAAGUCAAUGAGAUUGGGGAACAACGAAUGUCCUGCUUGCAGGAAGCAUUGUGCAAGCCGGCGUUCUCUAAGAGACGACCCAAAAUUUGAUGCUCUUAUUGCAGCUUUAUUCGAAAAUAUUGAUAGUUAUGAGGAAGAGGAAUUGGCUUUUCAUGAAGAUGAUAAGGCUCGUAAUAAGCAGAUUCAAGCAUCUAUAGCUCAAAUAUCGCAACGACAAUCCGAGGCUCUUGUGAAAAGACGGUCUUUUGGUAAAGAAGCAGCGGUUUUAAUGAGAUCACAGCGUAGUGGUAGUGGCUCGAGAAGGAGAAGAAACUGCAGAAACAUGGAGCAAAACACAUUAGAAGCCCAUGACGAUGAGAACAAUGAUGAUAACAACGGAGGAGGAGGCAAAGAUUCGUCUUCAGACGAGCGUGGUGCAGAAGUCCGGCUGAGAAAACGAAGGAAGCGGUUUACAGGUCGUUCAACACAACACCCUUCUUCUUCAGGUGCAAACAACAUCAAUGCUAACUGCGCAGAUAACGACACAGAAGCGUGCAGAGAGAGCAAAGGAGUAUCUACAGGGCUUGUGUGGAAUCCGGAGAUACUUGCUUGGGGAAGAGGCGGUACGAGGAGUAACACAAGGCAUGGGAAUAAUACACCAGGAGGUAGUAGUAAGAGUGUGAGGAAUGCUCGCGUGAGUAGACUUGUGGAGUACCUACGCAGCAACGUAGAUGGAAACAGUGUUGAGCUGGAUAUUCAUCUCAAGCUUGUCUCACUGGAUACGAAAUGUGUACCAGACUUACUGCAGCCAUAUCUCUGUUGCCGACCUACUUUGCUUGUAAAACAGCUCCGUGAAUUUGUGGCACUUCAGACGAAUUUGAAGACUGAAGAGGUUGACUUAUUGGUAACGAGAAGAUUAGGAGGAGAAGACAACAAGGCAAUAGAGAACUUGCCUGUAGUGACAUCAGAUUCAGCAGCAGCAUCCGAAGAUGAGACGAUGCAAAGUCUGGAAGACGAUGAAACAUUGUCAAAGCUCAAACUCGAUUUCAUUUCGAGCCAUGAACAACAUUUGCUUACCAGAAAAAGCAAACCGAGUGAAGAAGCUUGGAGCCUGAAGGAUGUGUUGCAAACA